UUCUUCACUGCGUAACAUAUUGUCAAUAGAUUUGAAAAAUCAUUUUUUUCGUUUGGUUAUGAUGGAAUAUUCCGAAAAUGUACAAAAAAGAACAUCCUGGAAGUGAAGUUAGCGUUGGUUUUGAGAGUAUUAACAGGAUCACUUUCAAAGAAAAAUGUCAGAAUACCGAAAUUGGAGCUUCAGAUUUCGAAGAAGCCAUAUCGGCCACGAAGUUUGGAAAAUUCAACCUACUUUUGAUACUUAUAGCAAUUCCAUCAGGAUGGUCGUCCAUUUUCGAGACAACUACAAUGUCCUAUGUCUUUCCAGCAGCUCAGUGUGAUUUGAAUCUAUCCUUAGGAGACAAAGGGUUGCUAAAUGCUGUUACGUAUAUAGGGAUGAUAUCUAGUGCCUUCGUAUGGGGUUAUCUCUGUGAUACUUUGGGUAGAAAGAAAUUGUUAUACAUAGGAUUCUUCCUAGACACAUUAUUUGUUCUGAUGAGUUCACUAUCCCAAACCUUUACCCUUUUGAUGGUAUCAAAGUUUCUCGGAGGAUUUAUAAUCAACGGACCCUUCGCUGCCCUAACAUGUUAUUUAUCCGAAUUCCAUUGUGCCAAAUACAGAGCAAGAGUUCAAAUGGUCCUAGGUAUAAUUUUCAGCGCUGGAACCAUAUGUUUGCCACUGCUAGCUGCCGUUAUUCUACCUGAAGAAAUUGAUGUGGUUUUGUUCGGCUAUUUCAGAAUGCAUUCUUGGAAUAUACUCCUUUUGGUCAGCUCUGUUCCUCCACUGCUUGGAGGAAUAGUGUUCUUCUUUCUACCAGAAAGUCCGAAAUUUCUUAUGUCAAUUGGUCGUAACGAAGAAGCGAUGAAAGUCAUGCAAAAAGUAUACACACUCAACACCGGAAAACCUGCAGAGACAUAUCCGAUCAAAAAGUUGAUUGAGGAAAGGAAACCCAAGGAAAACGAUGCUGAGGUGGAAGUAGUAGAAACAAAUUCGAAAAAAACCUUUUCUAGGGGUUUUUCGCAAGUGAAGCCAUUGUUCAUUCCACCCUUGCUGCAGAAAAUUCUUCUGGUCUGCUUGCUACAGAUGAUGCAGAUGAUGAGCCUGAAUACCUUAAGGUUAUGGCUUCCACAAUUAUUUCAAGCAAUAAAUGAUUAUGAAUAUUAUAACAAUGGUACUUCUGCCGAUCUAUGUACUAUGUUAGAAACUAUCAGGCCAAAAAAUGUUACAACUUCUGGUGAAUGCGUUGUGAAUACGAAUAUAAAAGUUUACGUCAAUGCAAUGAUAGUAUCUACGGUCACUUUACUUGGAUAUAUUGUAGCUGGUUCAUUAAUCAAUUAUUUAGGAAAGAAAAAGCUUAUAUUUAUCAUGGGUAUGGCUUCAGGACUCAGUGGCUAUGGUAUGUAUUUUGCUCAAAGCUCUGGGGUAACAUUAGCAAUCGCCUCAAUUUUCAUUGGUCUAGGAAGUAUUAGUAUCAAUGUUAUACUGAGCGUUGUUGUGGAUCUUUUUCCGACGUCUUUAAGAACGAUGACUGUAUCUGUGACAAUGAUGUCUGGCCGUAUGGGAGCUAUGUCUGGUAAUUUAGUGUUUCCUUCUUUACUGAAAUUAGGUUGUGCACCACCUUUCUUCACAGUUGGCACAGGGAUGUUGGGUGUUGCAAUAGUUUCUCUUCUACUCCCAAACACCGAUAUGAAGUCGCUGCAGUAGUUGAAAUCGAACAUUCAGUAUUAUAAACACGAAAGGAACCGUAAAUACUGCCCCAAGAUAUAUGGCACCUUGUUUUUGUGUGGUCUGUCUUAUGGAAUGCCUUUUGACCGCUUUUCCAGGAAGAUCAUCAAGGGCCUGUAUAUACCUCACCAUGAGAAACAAUUCCAUUACUAGAAAAUUCUCAGGUUUUAGUCGAUUUGUACAUUUUUACGAAGAUGCAUGCAGGUAUACAAAUAAAAGAAGAAAAACUGA